AGAUAAAUCAGGAAGUGUUGGUUCACUCUGUCGCUGUCUGUGCAGACUGCUGCUUCUGCUGUCCUCUAUCUUCAUACACACCACAUCAGGGUGGACGACUUAUCUCUCUGCCCCCCUGGACUAACACAUGGACACGAGCACAUUCGGACAGCAUGGGCUCCAGACUGAAACAAAACCCGGAGCAAACCUUCUACUGGUUCUUUGAAGCAACUUGUCCUGUUGCCAGAGACAAAGAUCCUGGUGUGCUGUUUCAGUUUCCAGAAGACUUCAGUGAUGAGGUUGAGUCCUUUCAGACGUUACCUAGAUUCUGCUUCCCAUAUGACAUACAGAGAGUGAGGGCUGGGGUGGCCGUGCAGCACUUCACCUUCGUUCUCACUGACCUUGAGGGAUGCCAACGCUUCGGCUUCUGUCGUCUCGCCAACAGCAUGCAGACCUGCCUUUGCAUUCUCAGUUACCUUCCCUGGUUUGAAGUGUUUUACAAACUUCUCAACAGCUUGGCUGAUUACCUGACAAAGGGACAGACCAAUGAGAUGAAGGCGCUGCUGGCUUCUCUCUACCAUCAGCCCCUACCACUUGCAGCUGGAUCUGUCACUCUGCAGAUGGGAGAGCAGCUAUUGGUCAGCACAGGGGUGUCCCAUCCUGUCGGACACCCGGAGGGUCAAGAGGGGGUUCCAUACUUUAUUGCUCCAGACCCCAGAAGUCUCCCUUCCAUCCCUGAAAAUAGGAACUUAACAGAGCUGAUUGUGGCAGUAGAUGUGGGGAACCUGCUCCAGCUCUACGCCAGCAUGCUGUUUGAGAGACGCAUUCUGAUCUUUGCCAGCAAACUCAGCACUCUGACGUCUUGUGUGCACGCAUUCAGCACUUUGUUAUACCCCAUGUACUGGCAACACAUCUUCAUACCUAUCCUGCCGCCUCACCUACUGGACUACUGCUGUGCUCCUAUGCCUUACCUAAUAGGGGUCCACACCAGUCUAGCUGAGAAGGUGAGGAGUCGAGGGUUGGAAGAAGUUGUCAUCCUAAAUGUGGACACAAACACUCUAGAGACGCCCUUUGAUGACCUUAAAAGGAUACCUUCAGAUGUGAUGUCUGGGCUGAAGCUGUGUUUGAAGCGUCAGGCCGUGUCUCCAGGCUGUGGAGUCUCUCUGGCCUUCCUGAAAGCUCAGGCUCUGCUUUUCGGAGGCUACAGGGACGCACUGCAGACUCAAAAGGAAGGGGAAAUAUGUUUCAGUGAGAAGAUGUUUCUAGAUCACAAAUCUCCCAGUAUGAGGCAGUUUCUGCAGAGUGCUAUUCACCUACAGCUCUUCAAACAGUUCAUAGAUGGCCGCCUGGAUAUUCUCAACAAGGGAAAGGAACCAGAUGACCUCUUCGAGGAAGAGAUCCUAAAGUGUGAAGCAGCAGCUGGAACAAGCAAAUCGUAUCAGCAGUUAGUUGGUAAUUUAAAGAAAGGAGGAGGGGCGCUAAUCCUCAACAUGAGGUCCAAAGCUCACAUGAGGGCCAAAGGUCUCGCCAAGUCUGGUCUGAAAAACCUGCUGUUGCACAAGGUGGGCUUGUGUUUAUGUGGGCAUCCGCUUUGUUUGGUGCAAACUCUGCCGAAGUUUGCCGUGUCACUUCUUCCCUCCUUCCUGUUUGUGUGUGUGCAUUGCAGGCCAACAAUGAAGACCACACCCUGCAGAGAGGAGGAUCAGUGGCACAUCGCCGUGGCCAAUCUGACUGCCUGCAGGAUCGCCUGCCGAUCACACAGCACUUUGGGAAGAGCUGUGUCCGAGCCGGUGGUUGAGCCUGACUCUGAGCUCCAGAAGGAUGAAGACGAGGGGGAAGAUACGCUGCUGUGUGACCCGGAGGAGAUGGAUCUGCUCGGGGAGAUUUUUGACACCCUCAGCUCCCGCAGCUACAAUGACCGCGGCGUGCUGUACGGCACCCGGAGCCUGGAUUUGUUCGGGCCAGACACUCAUGAUUAUAUCACGAAGUUUGGUCGAGUCAAUCCCAGCCAGGAGAGCUUGUGUCUGUCCAUCAGCGGCAGUGGCAGCCUACACAGCUGGAAUCUGGACACCACAGAAGAGCUGUCAGACGUGACGGGGGACUCUGAUUGGCCAUACCUAGACAUUAGGGUACCGGAGGACGAGGAGUCAGAGAGUCUUCUGGCAAGAUGUGAAAAAGGGGAAAAUAAUAGACAGAGGGAGGAUGGAGAGAAGCAGGAAGAGGUAAAGGUAGUGAUAAAUGGGAAGCCAGGAGGAGAAAAAGAAAACACAAAUACAUUUAAGGAAGUGGAAUUUGAGGAGAAGAGAAAGAAAGAAGGUGAGGAAAUGAGAGAGAGCCUAGGAGAGGAACCAGCGAAAGACAAGCGAGAGGAUGAAGGGUUAACAGAAAAGAGGGAGGAUGAGAGAAAUCAGAGUGACGAAGUAACUGAAGGACACAGAGAAACAGAUCAAAUACAAACAGAUGUAGCAAUAGAAGAGAAAAAUGAGAACCAGGACGACAAAGAAAAAGAGGUAAAAGGAUCUUUAAACACACUUAUAAAACUGAAUCCCCAUGAUCGCAACACGGUAGAAGAGCAGCAAGGACAACAGGAGAGAGCUAAUCCAGAGAGCACAGCUUCUUCUGGACCUCAGAGCCUCGCAGCUGACCCUCAACCUCCAGCAGGCCAGGAAAAAAGUUGUGAAGAAGCAGUGAAUAAAUCAGAGCGAGAGUUAAGACAAUUACCCUCUACGCCGAGAGUGCUGUCUGCUGUAGAACGCUUCCAGUGUCAUGGAUCCAGCCGGAGCCUUCUGGUGACGUCCAGCACCAAGGGCUCGGCUGAACCUGGGAGACCGGGCAACGUGUUGUGGAGCAAGGAGAACACACAAACCCACGAUGUCUUGCCACGUCACUCCGGUCCAUCAGAGGAGAACGACUGCCCGGAGGUGCAUAAAGAGGAAGACUCCCCACUCAUCAAAGUGUCUGAACUUAAGAAGAGAUUUGAAGCUUAAAGGACGAUGCUGUUUGUUGUUAGUGUUGACAAGUCAUGUGGUUUCCCUGGUUGUUUCUAAUGAAGAUGUUAUUCAGAAUUGCCACCCUGCGGUGGUUCGCUUCCAACCACCAGAGCCGUUUCAGUCUACAUUACUAUAUAUUUUUUCCAGACUCAUGAGGUGAAAAUUUGAAGAAAUUCCCUAAAGGCAGACUUGAGACAUCAUGUUCAUGUUUUGGGAGGGCAGUCACCAUGGACCUUAAGGGUCUUUCAAAAAACAUACAUUCCAAGAACAGUCGAGCACUUCUUUAGCUAAAACAAAACAAGAGUAAAGAGUUCAUUUAUUGACGUCAACUUUCAGCUGCAGUUACAUUAUGUGUGAUCGAGUCAAAAUAAAGGACAGCACCUGUGGCUCAGGUCGACAAACCCCUUCUUCAGGACACAAACUUUUGCCAAGUGAUAAAUAGUGAGAAUAUUUUUUUGUUCAUGUGAAUCUUGUUUACUUGAUGGACGGACUGGAAGCACGGCUGAAAACAAGAACUAAAUGAAUGUGUUAACAGUGAGGACACUGAUUGGUUUACGGAUCAGCUACAGCUACUAUGAGGGAUCAUUUGUCAGAUACACAAGUAUGUGAGUACUCUACAACCACGUGUGUGUGUGUGAGAGAAAGUCUCUAUGAGCUAUUGCCCAGAGAAAACGGACAAAUGCUGAGGAUAAUUACCGCAUGUUUGGUAACUUGUACAGAAUAAAGUUUACAUUUUGAACAA